AUGGAUAAGACUAACGACUUUGUUAACACUGAAGACACAUUACGUGCCUUGACAACACCCAGAAGAUUAGAGACGAAACAAAUGGAGGAACAGUCAAGGAAGGGAACCUUGAAGAGAGAUCGAGAAGGAGGCUCGAAGCUGAAACUUUCUUCUAUAGAUGAUGGAUAUACAAGUCAUGGUAAUGAAGAUAAUACAGUAGCUCUCUAUGAAGCCUCACUUGAUGGGUCUGUCAGCACCUUGGACACUUUGAUGCGAAGGGAUAGGCUCAUUCUUCACAAAAUCUCACUCACAUCCUUGACCGAAACCCCCUUACACAUAGCAGCUUUAUUUGGCCACCUCCAAUUUACUAAUGCUCUUCUACGAAGAAGACCACAACUUGUGGAAAAAGUGGACUCAUCAGGCCGAACUGCCCUUCACUUGGCCUGUGCAGAGGGCCACACCCAUGUUGUGAAAGCAUUGUUGCAAGCCAAUAGGGAUAUGUGCUUAGUUUCCGCUCAAGAGGAGAGAAUUCCUCUCCACUUAGCCGCAAUGAGAGGACACGUAGAGGUGACAAAAGAAUUGCUUAUUGCACAUCCACGCUCAAUCUCUCAGAGCAACACACAACCACACGUAGCUAGGAAGUCCAUGGCUGGUGGGAAAGGUCUCGCAAACAUUCUCUGUCAACAAGAAGUAGGCGGCCUUAAUGGCUCAUCGACAGCUGGAGGGUCAAUGCUCGGCAGCCAUCGUAAGCCUCAUGCAAUGUGCGUCUCGGAUGUGCAUUCCCUGACAAGCAUUGCAGCUUUAGGAAGGGGGAGGCUCCUCCAGAGACAAACCAAUGACGACCCCAGUGGUGGCUGUCUAUGGCUGUCUGAGGUCCCCUUGGUGGCUGGCAGGAUGGAUCCCGCCAGUUCGUGGUUCUCUAGCAGUGUGUAUUUCAAACGCAAGCUUUGA